CUGUGGCAAUCAAACUGGCAACCAGACGAAGCAUCAGCUUGAAUGGCUCCUCCCAUUCUCUAGCCUCAAUGGGGGCUCCAUGGGGAGAGAGCAUGGAAGAGAACCCAGCCGAGGGGGAGCAUUUCUUCUCCAUCAACCAUGCUGAGAGAACCUUCAAGAAGAUGCAGGGUUAUCUUCACAGACGACAGCUGACGGACGUGGUGCUCAUAGCUGGGGACGUACGGAUCCCUGCUCAUAGAUUGGUCUUGAGUUCGGUGUCGGAUUAUUUUGCAGCGAUGUUUACUAACAACCUCCGUGAAUCGCAGGAGACUGAGAUACAGCUAUGGAGCAUGGAUCCACCUGCACUCAAAGCUUGUAUCCAGUAUAUCUACACAGGUGAGGUAGUGUUGAAAGAGAGUAAUGUUGAAAGGUUGCUUGCCACAGCUAGUAUCCUACAGUUGUCAGAAGUUGUAGAAGCUUGUUGUGGAUUUCUUGUCAAACAACUCCACCCAUCUAACUGCUUAGGAAUCCGAUCAUUUGCUGAUAGACAGAGCUGUACAGAUCUACUCAGGGCAGCACAUAAUUACACUAUGGAACAUCUAGUGGAGGUGACUCAGAAUCAGGAGUUUCUAAUGCUAGGAUCAGAUGAAGUUUGUAACCUCUUCUCUAGCGAUGAUCUCAAUGUUCCUAAUGAAGAGACUGUGUACUAUGCCUUGCUGGCCUGGGCUAACUAUGAUGUGGUAUCUAGACAAUCUGAGAUUGCAAAGCUGCUUGAACAUAUCAGACUCCCACUGCUCUCACCACAAUUUCUAAGUGAUGCUGUAGAUAACAACCCAUUGUUUAAAGGAGAUGAUAAAUGUCAGAGGUUAAUAAUGGAUGCAAUGAAGUAUCACCUACUACCAGAGAGAAGACCUUUGAUGCAGAGUGCUAGGACCAAACCAAGGAAGUCUACUGUAGGAGCUCUAUAUGCUGUAGGAGGAAUGGAUAGUACUAAAGGUGCUACAAACAUUGAGAAGUAUGAGCUUCGUACCAAUGUAUGGACCCACGUGGGUCAUAUGAGCGGAAGAAGACUUCAGUUUGGGGUGGCAGUCAUUGAAGAUAAGCUCUAUGUGGUAGGAGGUCGUGAUGGACUCAAGACAUUAAAUACUGUGGAGUGCUAUUAUCCAGCUUCUAAAACAUGGAAUAUGCUGCCCUCUAUGGGGACUCAUAGACAUGGUCUGGGUGUUGGAGUGCUAGAAGGUCCUAUGUACGCUGUUGGUGGUCAUGAUGGUUGGAGCUAUCUUGCUUCAGUAGAGAGAUAUGACCCUCACAGCAAACAAUGGAGUUAUGUAGCACCCAUGUCAACCCCUCGAAGUACAGUUGGAGUAGCAGUCUUAGAUAGAAAAUUGUAUGCUGUAGGUGGUCGUGAUGGUAGCUCUUGCUUACGAUCCAUGGAGGUUUAUGAUCCUCAUACCAACAGGUGGUCUCUUUGUUCACCCAUGUCUAAACGCCGAGGGGGACUGGGUGUGGCUGUAUGUAAUGGUUGUCUGUAUGCCAUAGGGGGACAUGAUGCACCAGCUACACAACAGAGUUCUAAACAGUUUGACUGUGUAGAGAGAUACGACCCGCGUUCCGACACGUGGUGUACGGUAGCCCCAAUGAGUCUUUGUCGAGAUGCUGUAGGUGUAGCUGUAUUAGGAGAUCGUUUGUUUGCAGUGGGUGGAUACGACGGCCAGACGUACCUGAGUGCAGUAGAAUGCUAUGACCCACAAACAGGAGAAUGGUCUACAGCUGCCUCACUUACACCUGGUCGUGCUGGAGCCUGUGUGGUACAAGUUCCUGUAACAUAGGAGUCUUCAUUAACCAAUUGGCCACCAGGCCAAGAGAAUCCUGCAUCUAAUCCUAUGAGGAUUAAAGUGUUUGGAAACCAAUGGGUUUGAUGUUUGGAUAGACCCAAGGCUGACGUCAGCGGUGACUCUCAACCAUUGCAUCAGGGAAUUUCCCAUCUUUUUGAGAUAAUGACCUAUAUCUCGAAAGGGUUCCUGGUGAAAAAAGCUACUGAGAAUUCUGUGUGAUUUUACAACAUGAAGAGGAUACUGUAAUGAUUCAUGUCUUGAUUGAUGUUAUUUGUACACUGAGCAUGUUUUUAAACAACUCCUUUUGGUUUUAAAAGCUCAGUUUUAAACAUAUCCACAGUAUAUUAUGUUCAUCUGUAAUGGAAUGUAAUGUUGUGACGAGCUGUUUAAUAUUCAAUAGCAAUGGUCUGUGUAAACUGCAUGUAUUUAUUUGACAGGAUCAUAUAAUGUUGUAUAUGAUUGCCAGCAUACAGUAUGGAGGUGUGUUAAUUGGACAUGAUUUUAUGUGCCAAAAUGAAUGUAAUGGUAUGUGUGUUGAGUAAUCUCUGUAAUUAAUCUGUAUUUCUGUGAUGUACAUGGAAAUCUAGUGAAAUAAAUGUGAUGAAGAGUGUUCUUAUCAUGUGACCUAAAUCUCACAAAGGAUGCUUUAAAGCUGACAACUAUUGCAUUGCAUUGAGAGAGCUUCUUGAAAUAAAAAGAAAGAAGUUUCUGUCUCUGGUGUACUGCCGUAUAAAUAUAGCAAACUGUUAAAGACGUAUUUCACAAAGAUUUAAGUGUGAUUUAGAGUCAUGCUUCGGCUCUCACAUGCAUAUAUUUAACACAUAACCUCAUUGAUGAUUAUGCAGUAGCGGGUGUCUCUUGAGCAUGUUAAGACCAACAUGAUAAUAUACCAUAUGCAACAGGGAAUGCAAGUGAGAUAUUAAAUCUUUGGGAAAUAAUCCCCUGAUCUCACAUGUGAUUGCAUUAGGUGGGAGAGCUUUUUUCUCUUUGAAAUGAGAAAGAAAUGCUCCAAUGAUGAAGUGAUGUAGAUAAUGAGUAUUGCCAAGGAGUUUACAGUGAGAACAUUUAGGUCUUUAAUUGAAUAUAAUAUGAUCAUGCAUUAUUGAAGUAAUAGAAGAAUUAUACAUAGUACAUUAAACACAUACCAGUAUAUAUGUAUAUGUUAAUUAUAUAGAGAGGCUUUAUAUGAAAGCGUUUUAAAUAUGAUGUAUCAUAGACAUGAAGAGUAACAUUCAGUGAACAUCUUUGUCUGACAAGAUAUCAGAUCUGAUAACUAUCCUUGAUUCUGAUUUGCUGAGAGGCAUUGUUACUAUGGUAACUGUCAGAUAAAAUGGCACUUGUCGGAUAAAAUGUCUGACAAGUCCUUUCAUGAAAGGAUGUUUCACAAAGAGUUAUGCUGAAAUCUCAACGUGUACACAGUACCUAAUGUGUAACGUCAUUGAUGUCUAAGCAUGAUUUGACCAAUGCUGUGAUGUGGUAUAUUAUAUUUCACAUGCAAAUGGGAGUUUAAGUGUUUUUUAGUCAGGGUUAAAUUAUUGUGAAACACCCCCAGGAGCCUGUAACAUAAAACUUAGUGAUUGAUUGUUGAGUUACUUUGUACACUUGAUUAACAUAAUGAAUCAGUAUAAUCAAUCGUAAAAUAACAGCCGUGUGAUCAUGUGUGAAGCUUUGUGUUUAAUAAUGGCAUGCAGAUGAUGCAAAAUGUUAUAAGUUUCUUCUUAUUUCGAUUUCUCCUCAGUCAAAAAGAUUUCUUUUGUACUAAAUGGUUCAUCUUGGGUAGAUUUUCCUUUAUUUAUAGUUUAAAGAGGCUGACAUAGAGAAAGAUUGUUAUUUUUUAUGCAAAAUAUGAUAUUGUCAUUCCUGUGGUGGUUCAUAAGGUUCAUUUUAUUGACAUUGAGAAGAAUUGGAUAAAUAAAAUUUCUAUUCCAGUUCUUUUUCUGAGAGGAAUAGUAAAGAACAUUUCAUGUUUGAAGUUAUGUUCACUUUGGCAGAGGAGAAUAUUAUCCACAAUCAAUGUGAAUGAGGUUGAAUUGAGUAGAUAAGUGCAAUGUCAUAAAAUUAUUUGAAAGUAAUGUAGAAAUGUAAUGGGAUUGAAUGUUACCAAAGUGUACAUUUUUAUACGCCCGUUCUAGACGGGAUGUAAUAUGGUAUCACGCUCGGUGUCCGUCUGUCUGUCCGUUCGUUAACUUUUCCUUGUAAACGCGAUUACUUCAGUUUGACUUAACAGAGGCUCAUAUAAUUUGGUGUGUAUGAUACUAGCAUGGAUCCCAGGAAGCCUAUUGAUUUUGAGGUCCAAAGGUCAAGGUCACACUGACAUGUUUUCAUCUUAUCCUUCUGAAGUCCUUGUAAACGCGAUAACUUAAGUUGAACUUAACCUAGGCUCACAUAAUUUGGUGUGUAUGAUACUCGCAUAGAUCCCAGCAAUUCUAUUGAUUUUGAGGUCAGAGGGUCAAAGGUGAAGUCGCCACCUUCCACUUUUCUUGCUUGACCAAUAACUCUAUUUUCUGUGUUACAGGUAGGCCUAUUAUGUGCUCGCUUUAGCGACACUCUUGUUUCAUUUUCAAUCGCUUUUUCCUCAUAGUUUACUUUGAUGCUUGAUAUGUUAGACAUUUAGUGAACACAGGAUUUGUAUUCUAUGGGUUGGAAUUCUGCCAAUACUAAAUCUUUGGAACUUUCCACAGAAGACAAUUCAAAAUUCCUUUAUAAAUGUGAUUUAUCAUAUUUUGCUAAUUCUGCCACAGGGUACGCAGGAACAGGUAUGCAUACUUUCAUUUAAAAUUCUUUUUGCAUUCCAAUCAUUUGUAAAUAAAUCCAUCAUAAUGUACUCAUUUGUAUUUAGUCAAUUAAGAUAAAUCAAAUAUAUAACAUAGACAUGAAUACAAAUCCUUUAACUCUUUAUUUGUUGAAAUGAUGAAGAUUGUUUUUACAAGGAUGAACUUGUGAUCUCUGUGAAAAGGGAAUCCUAAGUUUGAUGUAUUUGAAAGCCUUUCUUAGAAAAUCAAGAUAAAAAUAAAUUUAUGCCAAUGGAGAGUGUUUUAUAUAUAAUCAUUCAGUCUCUAAAGGGUUAAUAUAUGCUGGCUUGAUCUAUGGGAAACAUGUUUUAUAUAUAAUCAUUCGGUCUCUAAAGGGUUAAUAUCUCUGUUCUAAAUUAUUGCCUUUAAACAUGCCCACCAAGUUAAGGUGCUUAUUGAUAUAUAUGUAACUUUGUAUGUGGCUGAAAUAUGCAUAUUUUUUAAUGUAAUGAUAACAACCAAAAGUUGCUUUAAGUAUGUAUUUAGUAACAACAAUGGUUGGUUAUACAUAUAUGUUCAUGUUUAUUGAUAAACAUGUAAUCCAAUGGGAUAGGAUAGGGAGUAGGGGAGGGUGGGGUGGGUCAUAUACUAAGAUAUAACACCCACUUUCAGUACAGAUUGCCAGUGUGGCUAAUGUGCUGAGAGUAUGCUGAAAUACUUUUUUAUUUUCAUUACUAAUAUUAUGUUAUCGAGAAAAAAUGAAACAAUUCUUAGUGAAUUCAUGUAAAAAAGGGAAAUGUAUCUUAACUUGUAUGUUAUUAACAUGAUGCAAAUUGCACCCUUCUUGAAUUAUUUUUUUAGGUAAAAGAUAUAGCAGGUAUCAAUGAAAUUUUUUUUUUAUUCAAAAUUGUUUUACAGAAAGGUGUAAUAAUACUUAGUCACCCAAAAAGUUUUGAAGGGAUGGGCCUUAAAAAUUAACAUUGGUAAUUGUACUACCAAGAAUUUCAGAUUUAGAAAUAUAUGUGUAAUUUUUGUAUGUCUCAUUCUGCCAUAGAUGGUUGUCAGAAGCAUUGUAGCACUCUAGCUCAGCAUUUUGUAUGCAAUGACUCCAUAUGCUUUUAGGUUGUAUCCAAAAAUGUGGUAUACAUAUAGCCUUGUCCCUUGCCAGUUUUGACUUUACUGCAAUUGAUUUUUUAACCCUUGUGAUAAUGCGUUGCAUUUUUUACAACUUAUUUUACAGGAUAAGGUACACAGCAUGAAGCCAAAAAUUUGUACCUCUAUUGUAAAACACAUUAAGUAUGAAUGACGUCAAUCGGUUUUCUUUUGUACAGGGUAUAUGAUUAUUAAAAGCAAGUGCUCCUUUAAAGAGUGGACUUAAAUUUAACCUGACCGAGAAUUUGCUGAGAAUACUGAUUAUUAUAUCUGCGUUCAUAAUUGACGUUAAAAGGUAUAUGAUAAGCACAGCCUUUACAAGAACUGAAUAAUUAUCACCAUCAUCAUCAUCAUUACCAUCAUCACCACCAUCAUCAUUACCAUCAUCACCACCAUCAUCACCAUCAACAUCAUCAUCACCACCAUCAUCAAUAUUAAUGCAGAUGUUUUGUAUUUGAGUAUGAUCUGUUGGAUAGUCAACACAUUAAUAUUUCACAAAAUUGUUUCUUAUGCAAAAAGCUUCAGUGCAAACUAGGUUCAAUAAGGUCCCUCUUACAAUAAAAAUGCAUUGUCAUAGCAGGGAUAUUAUUAUAAAAUUUUAUACAAUAGAUGUAUAAAGAGCUGGAACCAGAGAAAUUACGUUGUUGAAAAUUAUAGCAGGCCCUGUAAUGUAAUACUGCAUAUGUUAUCUUAUAAAUGCAGGGGAUUUUAGUCUUAAAGAAGGCAAUAUUUAACUGGUAUAUGCAUCGCUUUUGCCCAGUACAUUGGUAUAUUUAAAAUGUAUGUAUGAUUAUGGAAAGACAAAUUAUGAAAUAAAAGAAAUACAUAGACAACAA